CCACGUAUAUCUAUUUAGUUUAGUUGCAGUUUAGAAGUGGGAACACCAGAGCUUGUCCUGAAACCAGAAAAGAAACUAAAAACAUUAUCUCUGUUUUCCCCUGCUUUUGUCCCUGUAAUGGCGGGGCCGCAGAAUUUGGAGGUCGGUUUCGAAGAAGAAGGAAUGCUGUGGCUACUGCCUUCUCAUGUUUCGGACGAGACCGUCUGGAAUAACCAGAAAAAGGAUUAUGUGAAGUACCAGUAUCGCUGGAGUCGUCCCAAGUCUCCGGCGGAACACCUUCCCUUGCACUCAAAAUCUAGUACAAGAGCACAUCAUAGACCAAACCAUCCAGGGUGGACAUCAUCAGGAGGAACUGGAAUGCAGGCUCUCUUCCUAGAUUCCGGUAAGAGAUCUUCCGGGACUGGAGUUUUUCUUCCACAAAGAGCAGGCACAAACUUCCAACCAAACAAAAAACCAGCUUGCUCUCCUGUUCUCCUCCCUCCUCGCGUAGUUCAAGCUCUCAACCUCAAUGUCCAUGCAUUAGGCUUGCAAAUUUCUCCCCGGAAAGAUUACAGAAGUAAUUCAAGAGAUGGUGUUACCAAUCCAUACAAGAACAGAAAUGACACAAUCAAAGAUGUACAGACAAAAUGCUUCACUAAUAUUCCCCAGAAUCAAAGUUCUUCCCCAGAGAUAUUUCUACCAAAGGAAUGGACUUACUAGCAUGAUUUCCUGGGAGGCCGGAAGGGCAUUUGUUGUUCAAAAAGUUCAUUAAGGCAAUAGCUUUGGAUUUUACUAUUAUGCCCGUGGGGUUGAUUGUAAUAUAUAUGUUCCCAAGCAGUCUAAAGAAAAUAACAGUAGCACA